GUUUGGAGAGCGUGUUGAGUUUAAUCAAUUCAUAACGUCGAGAUGGAGCCGAACUCACUGAAGUGGGUGGGCUCGUCUUGCGGUUUACAUGGACCAUAUAUAUUCUAUAAAGCCUUUAAAUUUAACCGGGACGGCAAACCGAGAAUCCUGUCUCUCGGUGACUUUUUCUUCGUUAGAUGUAAACCGGAGGAUCCUAUUUGCAUAGCGGAGCUUCAGCUGCUCUGGGAAGAAAGAACAAGCAAGCAACUUUUAUCAAGCUCCAAACUUUAUUUUCUACCAGAGGAUACUCCCCAGGGACGGACAGUCACUCACGGAGAGCACGAGGUAAUCGCUGUGUCUGAGAAGGUGAUCGUGCGGCUGGAUGACCUGGUGAAGUGGACGGUACCGGACUUCUCGGGAUGGGCCGACGGUCUGAAGGCCGAGCCUCUCAAACCCUCCGUGCUCCGGGAGCUGGGGACCAAUGGGAGGCGGGAGGCCCUCCACCGCUACAGGGAGAGCACCCUGACCAGCGGACUCAACUUCAAGGAUGUCCAGAGGGAGAGAGCACAGCUAGGCCAAGAGGAGGACGGCCGGAAAGUUUUGGUCCUCAGUUACCCCCAGUAUUGCCGCUACCGCUCGGUUUUGGCACGGCUCAGAGAGCAGCCAUCCUCUCUGCUCAUAGACCACACGGUGCUGGCGCUGGGCGGCAUCGCCGCGUUGGGUGGGAGCACGAGGAUCCUGUACUGCCGCGACACUUUCGAGCAUCCCGCCCUGCUGCAGAACGAGAGCAUCUGUGACGAGUUCGCUCCAAACCUGAAGGGGCGACCUCGAAAGAAAAAGCUGUCCAUCUCUCAGAGGAGGGACUCCCACAGUCACGGGUCGUCAGGGUCAUCCCAGGGUUCAACAGCAGCGACGCAGGACCCCUGCAGUCCAGAGAGCAAAACUACGGCUAAGGUCAAACCCAACUGUAAAACGGUACCCAACGGGAAAAUAAGCACGCCAUCCAAACAGAGGGCCAUCGGCCUCAGCAAGAAGUCCUCAGCUGAGGAGAAGGAGAGAGGAGGACGGGAGAGGGAAAAGGAGGAGAGGAGCGAGAGGGAAGAGACGAAAGAGGAGGAAACAUCAGAGGAGAGCCGAGCGGAGGAGCAGGCUUUCUUAGUAUCUCUCUACAAGUACAUGAAAGACAGAGACACGCCCAUAGAGAGGAUCCCCUUCCUCGGCUUCAAACAGAUCAACCUUUGGACUAUGUUUCAAGCUGCUCAGAAACUUGGAGGAUAUGAGCUGAUCACAGUGCGCAGACAGUGGAAGCACGUAUAUGAUGAAUUGGGCGGCAACCCCAGCAGCACAAGCGCCGCCACGUGUACGCGGAGACACUACGAGAGACUCCUCCUACCAUACGAGAGGCACAUUAAAGGCGAGCAGGACAAACCCCUCCCCUUGACCAAACCCAAGAAGCAGGAGGGUUGCCAGGAAAAGGCCUUGGGGCCCAAAGCCAAAGGACUAGGGGCCAAGAAAUGUAAAGUCCCCAACAAUCCCAAGCCAGGGAGCAAAAAGGACAGAGGGGAGACGGUAAAAGGGCAAGAACAAUCACAGGACAAGGGGAAAGAAGAGAAUCACGAGCUGCCCACAGCUGUAAAACAGGACGUAUCUCUGCAAGAUGAACCAAUUGUAAUAGAGGAGGAAGAGUUACAUCUUACCCUGAAGAAAGAGGAGUCCUUGGCAGUGGAGCAGCCACCUUCACUCUGCCCCAAAGAGCCAGACUGCAGAGCCCCACAUGCUGGUCUAUCUCUUCACACAGGGCCUGUUCCCCAGCCUGAGUGGAGACAAAUCACUGAGGCCCUUCAAGCAAAACUCACCUGUGAACAGCAAACUGAUGGUCAUUUCAUUCCUAAAAAUCCUUAUCUGCCUCAUCGUUGGGAUCAGAGUAAACCUGCUGGACAUGUUGCCCUCCCCGAGCCCUUCUCCAGGGUCAAAGACUCCUUAGACAUGCAUGGCGGUAGAGUGGGGAAGGUGUUACCCAUGUGUAAGCAGGCGGACAGACAGUGUAUAGACUUGAGCACAGAUUCCUUCCCAGAGAAAGAAGACUAUGGUGUUGUUAAGAAGGAUUCUUCCCAGGGCCCCGGACAGACGACUGCCUACUGCAAGGCCACCAAGGGGGUCAUGUCUCCGUUGGCCAAAAAGAAGCUACUCUCCCAAGUGUGCGAGUCCAAUCCUUAUUCCUAUACUCCUCUUUCUCUUCAACCUCCACCUCUCACAGCUGCAUCCUCUCUCCCCGUCAUAUCAGCGGCUGAAAGGGAGAAAGAGAAGAGAAAGAGCGAGGAGGACGUGGCGGGGCAGAGGCAUGGGUGUGAAUCAGACGGCAUCCCGGAGGUAGCGCCCAUCUUUAGGCCGUCAGUCAUCCAGCAUGCCCAGAGCAGUAAGCCUCACCAACAAGCUACCAGUGGCCUAUCGGAGAGGAGCACUGCUGGGGAUCUUUCUGAGACGUACAGCUGCCGGACGAGCCACCUUCAGCCUCAAGUCAGUGCACCAUGGCAGCCGUAUCUCCCCCGGACCCAUACCCAGGAUGGUGUGGAAAACAACGGGGAGAAGCUACUCCAGGGCCCAGCUGCUCAGUCCCGGAGCUACGCAAGUGACUGCUACUCCUCCCCUCACCUCCACAGUCUGUACAGGCAAACUGAGAACUGCCUGAGCCAAGAGAAGAUGGUCGGCUUUGCCAGUGGAGAGCGCAGAGAGCAUUACACAAGGGACCGUGAAAGCAGCCAGGUCUGGAGCAGCCUGGAGCAAGAGGGCUUGGCCUACAGAUCUCACUACAGUGACAGGACUCAAACACACAGAGAGAGCAGGGAGACCGAAGAUGAGCCCAGGGACUUCACAAUUUCUAAACCUCUCUCUCAGAGGGUUUCGUCCUUUUCAAAGCCUGCUUUCUGCAGUCUCCCCUAUUCCAUCUUGCAUCAGGGUCUGGACUCUCAUCCCAAAGCCUGCAGAGUUCCUCCUAUGACAAUCUCUCCCCCCAAACAGAGCCCAGCAGAGUCAUCGCAGCAGUUUCCCAGCCCCAAAGCUUCGGGCGAAUCGUCCCUCACCAGUCCCAUUAGACCCAGUAAGCGAAGCCUAGUUGAACCAGAUAGUGAAGAAGUCCCAGAGAGGAAAGUACGUGUGGUGACUCCAAUCCACCCUGCCGGCACUAUGAGACGCAGCGACCCAGAAGAGUUGAAACCAGCUGAGCCGGCCCAUGCUGUUCACCUCAACAACCACCUCCCCGAGGGCCACCCUACAACUACCUACCCUCUACCCCAUGCUGCACAUCUCUACGCUAGCUUAUACCCGCCUGGCAGCCUGGUCUCACCCGGAACCCAGGACGGACUCCAGCAGCACCCAGGUCUCCAGUACCUUAAAAGCCAGUCAGCAGUGUCUCCUCUCGUGCCCCCAUUAGCCUUCCACUCCAUGAUGCUCCACAGGCAGCUGCUGGCCUCCAGCCCCAGCCCACACCCCUUCUACCGGCACCCAGGUGGAGCAGCACUGUACGGGGACCUGUUGCACCAUCUAUACCCUCUCUCAACCCUCCCGCCACCUCAGCUGUCCUCGGUACACCCCAGCACUAGACUGUGAGGGAGGGAAGACAGUUUUCUCUCUCCUCCUUCAUCCUCAGAAACUGUUUCAGCUUCUCUUUGUCUUUCUGUCUCUCUUGCUCGGGGAUUGCGGCUCAGUCCAAACAAAACACUGAUUAUGUAACUUUGGCUGAUAAUAGACUGAUUAUGCAUCAGUCAGGCAGACUGAAAAUUCCAUUUCCUUUUUUUUUUUUUAUUUGUGUAUGCCUUUGUUUAUAUACUUUGCACUGUUCUUUAUUUGUAUCACCACUUACUGUAUCUUUUUUGUUGUCGUUGUUGUAUCCUUAUUUGCACAAUGCUCGUGUGUAUGUACUCACAAAUCAGUUUGCCUCAGUAAACAUGAGUCAGGUUGUUGCUCUGGAUGUGUGAAAAGUGGAGGGCAACAGAGAAAAGCCAUUUGUUUACUGCAUCUGAGGGCUAAACUUUGUUGCUUAAAAACACUACAAGUAACAUGACAAUGUAAAUGAAAUUCUUUAUAUAACUAGAGGUGCGUUCACGAUCGCAAACGAUGUUCAACAGCUUUUUAGUGCAUUAUUACUCUUUAGGCAGCCAGUGGUGUUGUAUCUGUUUACAUGUCUCCACGCUGAACUCUGUUGCCUGUUUUUGCCACAGUAAAUCCACCUGGAUUCCUCGGAACAUUAACACUCACCGCGGUGCUGCGUAACAUGAAUAGCUUCAUCAUAACAUCACAUUCAGAGGUGCUGUGUAUGACAGAUGUACUGUAGACUUACGUUUAACUCGGUUCAGGUUUUUAUUCAUUAUGUAUUUCAGCUCAUAUUCAAGAUCUGUUGACAAAUCACAAAUGUUUUUUUUUUUUUUUUGUUAAGCGUUAAUGAAAAGACAUUUUAAUUUUUACUUUCUAAGCAGAAUUUGACCCAAGAACCCUUUUGUGAUGAAUAGACUGUAGCGGCUUGUUGUUGUCUGUAGGACCAGCAUAAUGAAGCAGCCGUCUGCUGUGGAAUGCUCACCACACAAAAAAAAAUCAGCAUUUCAUCUUUUUGUUCGUGACUUGAAAAGCUCUUUUUUUCUUUUUUUUUUGUUCAACGGACUCUUUUAUUCAACACGCUGAAAAGACUCACUGUAUGAUUUGAUAGGAAUGUUGUCACUUAGGAUAUUACUGCUUUGCAAAUAUCUGUGCCUUUUCGCAGUCUUGGAUUAGAGCUAGCACUACAGUUGUUAAGGUUUAUCUUCUGUCGCGGGGUAGGAAUGUCAAUAUUACUGUCACUCACACAAAAACGAUACGGCACACUUGGCCAUCAGACACCAGGCUUAAUGGGUAAGGCACAAAAUUCAGUGUUUUUAGAAUCUGAAACGGUUCUGCUUCACGACUAAUUGGUAGUGAUUGUGCUUAAAUGCAUCCAUUCACCUAUCUUAACCAUGUCAGGCACUUUGAUAAAACAGAAACCGGCAAGAUUUACUGUUAGUUGACAUAAAUCUGAAGUCUGUCACCUGCAGGGCAUGUGUGCUAUUCGUGUUAUCUAGCAGUGAUGAAAAGGUACCAGACUCCAUAAAGUAUGCCUACCAUGCUCCUUAGCCUGAGGUGCAAAGACAACACCUGUGCUGGCUUUUUACAACCACUAUAAUUGCAAUCCAGGAUAGUCGAAAUACACAGUAAACACGUCUGGUGUUUCAAAAGAAGAAGAAGAAAAAAAACCUGUAAAGUUUAACUGAAUACUUAGAUAAAGACAUUCAUUUCUGAUUAAGUACUGUACAUUGCUGUGUGUAGGUAAAACUGGCAUUAGUGCUGGCUCCUGUACAGAACAUUCAUACGGGAUCAAUUCAUGGCAACCUCUAUCUGUCCCUUUUUCUCUCUCUCUCUCUCGUCUUAUUUUCUGUGUAAAUAGCACUGUAGAUAGUACUGUGUGGCUGUUAUCAUAUAAACUGUUAUAACCUGUAAAUAGUAUAAGAAAAAAACAGUAUAAAAGUUGGUUACACAAUCUAGCCGUGUCAUUGUUUGCUCUGUUUCAAGGUCACCAUGAUCACGUGAGUUUCAAACACUACAGUUUAACGAUUAGGAUAAUCUCUUUGUUUGUUGUCGUUUCACCUUUUUUUUUUCUUUCCUCCAUGUCAUUUCCAUUAAUGUGCAUCCUGAAAGUGUUUUUGAUAAAGCAGCCAUCUGUUUACCAAUCACCCAGUUGGCGAGCAAGACAAAAAAAUAAAAGACAUUUUGUAUGAUAUGACCUCCUGUAUAUUUAAUUAAAAUAUUUUACUAUCUA